AUGCCCAUUCUUCUCUUAUACACCUCAUUGACAAAUAUUACAAGAACAGUCGUUGUCGAGAAGCCCACUGUGGAGACCUAUUUGAACUUGUAUUCAAAGUAUCCACAAACACUGUCAUGUCCAUGUUCAACAAUAUCAAUCAAUUAUGGAGAUAUUCUCAGUAUUCAGUAUUCAUUUCAUCAAGUUUGCACCAGUGAUUUCAUAUCGAAGAAAUGGACCAACUAUCUAACGAUUGAUUAUGAAAAUACCUAUCUAAAUGUUACAGACUUCCGAUGGAUAGCUCGACAAACUUUUCAAACCAUUCGAUCCUUCUGUGAGCUAAUCAACACUACACUCUCAAAUAGUUUAAGUCAGUUCUACUCGAAACAAUAUGUCAGUGUCAAUGUUGUUUCAUUGCAAAUGAUCCAGUCUCAAAGUCACUCCUCAGUUAGUCAAUUUCGAUCAUCAACAACAAAUAGUUUCUUAUUCUCCCUCAUCAAAAUACGUGAUAUAAUUCAUGUGAAUGCUUUGUUUUCUGCGCACAUGACAAAUUUUGAUGCAAUUUUAGACCAUACUUUCGAUGAUUUGGUAUUUGUUGAAAGAACAUAUGGUAACUGUUCUUGCGGAGUUUCGCCAUUAUGCGUUAUUCCAUCUUCAAUAUACGAUUUAUCGAACACUACAGUUCUGUUCACUGUACCAGGAAUCUACGCCGGAUGCUAUCUGAUCGAAUCAACCCUUCAAUCAACUUUGGAAUGCUUUUAUGAUCAAACAUGCGUCGAUCGAAUACAAUCAUUUUCUUUAUCGAGUCAAACAGUUCAGAUAACAUCACUCAACCAAUCGUUUCCAAGCCUUUAUUCAGUCAAUUCAACCGUUCAGCAAUUAAUUGACCAAUUAAUGAUUGAACAGUGGAAUGCAAGCAUAGUCUAUAGCAAAUAUUAUGCUGAAUGUAGUCCAUUGCAGUGCACGUAUAGUUACCAGGCAAGAAACGAUGCUAUUUAUAUCAUAACAACUUUAGUUGGUCUGAUUGGCGGCUUAGUUACGAUUUUAAAGAUCGUUGUACCAAGAUUCGUUAAACUGAUCCGACGUAGGAGACAACGUCAAAUAUUGUUAGAAGAAUCUUCAACACGUCGGAGCAAUGGAAAUUUCUGCUUCAAAAUAAACAAUCUUAUUUCCACAUUGAAUUUAUUUCCAUCAACCCCACCAACGACAAAUGCAUACGAACUAAGGAAUCAGACACUUUCCACUAGAUUAUUUCUUCUUUCACUGUUUAUCAUUAUGACGAUUCUGCUUCUCUACACAUCGUUAGUGAAUAUUACGAAAACUGUAAUUGUGAAAACGCCCGCUGUCGAGAAAUAUCUGGAAUUAUACUCCCAAUUCCCAGAAACAUUAUCCUGUCCAUGUUCGGCAAUAUCAAUUAGUUACGGUAAAUUUUUUCUCAUGAAUUACACAUUGCAUCAAGUUUGCUCAAGUGAUUUUGUCAGUGAUGAAUGGAUCAAUUAUCUUACGACACAUAUCAAUUUUGUCUGGUACUUAUGGAAUCGACUUGACUUUCGAUUAAUAUCUGGAGAAACCUUUCGUGGUAUAAAAAUACUGUGCGAAUCAUUAGAAACAACCAUAUCUCAAAGUUUAAAUCAAUUCUAUUCCAAUGAAUAUAUCAGUGGAUUUCUUUUGCCGUCAGGAUUGUUGGAAACCCAGACGAAAGCAUUUCUCGCUCAAUUUCGAACAUCAACGACAAACAGCUAUUUAGUAUCUCUUUCUCUUGUACGAGACACAGUUCAAACGAAUGCCGUCUUUUCUGCCAAAGUCACAAACUAUGAGUUGUUCUACCAUUCAGACCAUGUACACAUGAAUACAAAUAGUUAUGACAGCUGUUCUUGUUCUUUAUCGUCGGCGUGUAUCAUGCAAUCUUCGAUUUAUGAUGAUAGCAAUCCAAACUCAAUCAUGUUCACUGUACCAGGAAUGUAUGCUGGAUGCUAUAUUAUCGAAUCAUUACUUGCAUCAACACUGGAGUGUUUCUAUAAUGAAACGUGUAUCACUCAACUACAGUCGUUCUAUCAAUCAAAUCAAACUCUUCGAGUCACACCACUGAACUCAUCGUUUCCAAGUCUUUAUUCAGUCAACUCGGCAAUGCAAGUAGUAAUUAACAAUCUAAUGAUAGAAGAAUGGAAUUCAAUGAUUAAUUAUAGUAGCUAUUUCGAUGAAUGCAGUCCAUUACAAUGCACGUAUAGUUAUCAAACAAGAAAUGAUAUGAUUUAUAUCGUAACAACAUUAAUUGGUUUAGUUGGAGGUCUGAUUACGAUUCUCAAAAUUGUCGUGCCGAGAUCUAUUCAAAUUAUUCGAGGACGAAAAAUCGAGACAAACAGUGGCGAACUAUCUUUGACACUUCGAGAACAUUUGAAGAACUUCUAUGAAAAAUUUAACCUAUUUCCAUCAAUUCCUCCAACAACAAAUGACCAUGAGUUGAGAAAUCAAAAGAUCUCAACAAAACUAUUUGUCAUGCUCUUGAUUCUCAUCGUGACCAUUCUUCUCCUAUACACAUCAUUGGCAAAUAUUACAAAAACAGUCGUUGUCGAGAAGCCGACUGUGGAGACCUAUUUGAACUUGUAUUCAAAGUAUCCACAAACACUAUCAUGUCCAUGUUCAACAAUAUCAAUCAAUUAUGGAGAUAUUCUCAGUAUUCAGUAUUCAUUUCAUCAAGUUUGCACCAGUGAUUUCAUAAAACUAGAUUGGAUCUAUUUUCUGGACUUCUUCCAGUCGCCCCUGUAUGCCCACUUCAAAGAUUUUCUUUUAAUGGGUCCACAAGUAUUUCAAGGCCUUCGAUCGUUCUGUCUAACAAUUAAAGCAAUUAUCGAUAAUAAUAUAGAUAAAUUCUACAAAAAUCAGUACAUAAGUGCAUAUGUUAUACCAUUGAAUCUGUUUCAAUCACAAGUUUCACUUUUGAACAAUCAAUUUCGAACAUCCCUUAUUGCCGACUAUCUGCUAUCUCUCUCCCUCAUACAUGAAACAACAGAUGGCAAUGCUUUACAAUCAGUACAGAUGACCAAUUAUGAGCUGUAUAAACGAGGUGAUGCAAUAUCUGUACGUCCAUCUACAUACGAUAAUUGUAGCUGUACCUAUUCAUCAUCAUGUUUGAUGCAAUCAGCAUUUUAUAAUUACACAAAUCAUACGAUCACAUUCAGUGUACCAGGAAUAAAUGUUGGAUGUUAUUUUACUGAAGCAUUACUUCUUUCGAAUUUACAAUGUUUCUAUUCUAAAAAAUGUGUUAAUCAUUUAAAAUCACUCUAUACGUGGAUGGGUGAUAUAGAAAUCAGUCAAAUUGAUACAUUAUCUCCUAGUCUUUACACAAUAAAUUCAUCAGUACAAGAGCUAAUCAAUCAACUAAUGAUUGAAGAAUGGAAUCUCAAUAUAAUGUACAAUCAGUAUUACAGUGAAUGUAGUCCGUUGCGGUGUACGUAUAGUUAUCAAGCAAGGAACGAUGCGAUUUAUAUCAUAACAACUUUGGUUGGUCUAGUUGGUGGCUUGAUUACAAUUUUAAAGAUUGUCGUACCAAGAUUUGUUGCAGUCUUUCGACGUUAUGCAUUAAGACAUCAACCAUUACAAUGCGAUUCAAAUCCAAUCUUGGCUGAAACUGAUUUACCAGGUGCAGAUUUUCUCUCGAUCAUACCAUCGGCUGCUGAUCCAUCUGAAUGUAACACCCUAUGCUGUCGUUAUGCAUCAUGUACUUCAUGGUCCUAUGCAUCAGCUGCUCCGUCCGAUUUCAACGAUUGUCGACAAGGUAGACCAUGCUGUUAUUUGAAAUCAUACACUCCGCAAUCUGUUCAUAAUCCAAAUAUCAUUUCGGCAAUAAUGAAUCGAACGUUUCCGUUUGAACAUCCUCCCUCUGGAUUGAGAUCAGCAGUACCAAUUGGCGGAAUUACCACGGGCUCAAUUGAAUUACGUGGUGAUGGAACAUUUCACGAAUGGACGAUCGAAAAUCAAUCACCCGCAACAGGAGCGAAAUUAGGAUUUAUCAAUGACGCUCUAUUAGCUUUUCGUAUCACGAAUUUAGAUACAAAAGAGAUUGAUACUCGAUUGAUUCGUACACAUCCAACUCACAGUAUCAAAGGAAUUCAAACGAUCAAAUAUCAUGGUUCAUAUCCCGUCAGUAAAUUAGAGUUAGUCGAUGAAUCAUUGAAAGCCGAUCUUGACCUUUAUGCUUAUUCAGUAUUGAAGGUUGCGGAUUUGAAUCGUUCAUUGACACCUGCAAUUAUCUUCUCAUUGAAUGUACACAAUCUAAAUCCUUACCCGAUUUCCAUCGAUUUUAUGUCAACAUUACCAUUAUCCGCUCAAAUCGAUCAAACGCGACAAUCCAAUCACAUCGUUCAACAAAUAACUCCGGCUAAUUACACUGAUUGUAUCGUGUUCUGUCAUCAAAAUCCUUCGUGUGCGUCUUGGAAUUGGCAAAUUCUGAAUAAUAAUCCAACAUGUUCAUUGUAUAGCGAUGUUCCUUACAAUGAAUAUUUAUCUGGUCAUGUCAGUGGUGUACGUGGUCAAUGGUCAUUUGAUAAACCAUGUCCGCUAGUCUUAGAUCGUCCUGGAAGUGCAACAGCAAAUGGUCAAUUCUUGUUAUGGCCUUAUUUAUCAUCGAAUCGAACCAUGUCCGUCACGAUUGAUAAUAACAUUGAGAAUUUAUUGAACAAGUUUGCUGAAAAUGGUCGAUGGUCGGAUGACACACCCAUCCAGCAAUCUGCUGGUGUUCAUGGAGCUGUUUCUGUCUCCACAACUCUACAACCGGGAGAACAACAAACCUUAUCAAUUCUCUUCGCUUGGUAUUUUCCACAUCAUUUUUGGUUAGAUUUACCAUUGGAUAAUUACUAUUCCUUACUAUUCACGAAUGUGACAGAUGUAGCGAAAUCUAUUGGUAAUGAAGAACAACUGGAAGUGAUUGUCAACGAUAUUUUAAGUCUACAUAAUAUCUAUUCGAACUCAAGUUUGCCCGAUUAUUUAAUCGAUUCAUUGAUCAAUAGCGUGUCGCAUAUGCGUAGUGCAAUGUAUUUUUCCAAUGGCGAUUGGCGGCAAUGGGAAGCAUUUGAUUGUAACGAUGUUGAUAGCGUACACAAUGAUCAUCAGCGUCAUUUGCCUUACAUUCUCUAUUUUCCCGAAACAGAAAAACUCAAAAUGUACCAAUGGGCGAAAUACCAGCAACCAGACGGAAUGAUUCAAGAGACUUUCACUGUCGGUUGUCUAGGAGAUACUGAAUCUUAUGAUACCCAUGGUGGUCGACGAAUGGGUGAUGUCACAUCGAUAUUUAUUCUGGAAACUCUGGAAUUAUAUCGAUGGACAAAUGAUACGAAGUUUUUAAAUGAUAUGUAUCCACAUGUUUCAGCUGGCAUACAAUGGCAAUUGAGUGUUUCAUCCAAUAUCGGGUUACCGGAAAAUCUUGAGUGUACUUAUGAUAUACCAUAUUUGAGUCAAUAUCCAACGACAACAUUUAAUUCGUUUAUGCACUUAGCAGCGAUGCGCGCAUGUAUGGAAUUAUCGAAAAUUAUGCGUGAUACAAAAACGUAUAAUCAAUGUUAUGAAGCGUACAUCGUGGCAGGAAAACAAAUUGACAAAUUAUUAUGGUACAACGAUAGUUUAGACACNCGGAUCCAGCAUCGGAUUUGUUGA